AUGAAGACAACAGUACUAAGUGUAUUGUUUGGACUUUUAACCAUUACAUCGGCACGUAAGAAUGUUUUAUUCUUUGCUGUAGACGAUCUGAGACCAGAGCUGACUUGUUUUGAAGGACCGGACUUCCCUUCGCCGGUCCAUCCUCCUAUGCAUACACCUAACAUUGAUGCUCUUGCCGCGAGGAGUUUGGUCCUGAAGAGGGCCUUUGUUCAACAAGCUGUGUGCUCUCCGAGUCGUACUUCACUUCUAACAGGUCGUAGGCCGGAUACGACUCAUAUAUAUGACCUGGUACAUUACUUCCGCAAAUUGGGUGGAAAUUUUACAACGAUUCCUGAAUUUUUCAAGAUGAAUGGAUACAUUUCUGCUGGGAUGGGAAAAAUCUUCCAUCCUGGCCCUGCAAGUGGCGGCGACGAUCCUAUUUCCUGGUCACUGCCAUAUUUUCAUGCAACAAAAUAUGGCUGGGAAAACAAAGAAAAGAGCUGGGACGCUAUUCCUGACGAAAAGUUAACGGACAAACCUUUAGUGGAUUAUCAAAUAGCUCAACAGGCGGAUAAAACUUUAAAAAUGUUUGCAGAAGGAGGUGAACACGAGGGAACACCGUUCUUUAUUGCUGUCGGCUUUCAUCGUCCGCAUCUGCCAUUUGUUUUUCCAGAAUCUUUUCUGAAAUAUUAUCCGGACGAUAAUAUUCGUCUACCACCAAAUCCAUAUGCACCAGUUAAUAUGCCGGAAGUUGCUUGGAGUAGUUACGGGGAGUUGCGAAACUAUGGUGAUCAGUCGAAAUUAAAUGCCUCUGGUAUGAUAAAUACUACAUUGCCUAUAAAUGAUGUCCGCGCAUUACGCCGAGGUUACUAUAGUGCAGUGAGUUGGACAGAUUCUCUCGUAGGUUACGUAAUGCAACAACUGGAAAAGUAUGGGUUUGGAAACAACACAAUAGUUUCAUUUUGGGGUGAUCACGGUUGGCAGCUUGGUGAACAUGGGGAAUGGUGCAAACAUACAAAUUUUGAACUCGCAACCCAUGCACCUAUGAUGGUCCGUGUACCCGGAAAGACCGAUAGUGGUAUGGUUACGGAAAAACUUACGGAAUUUGUCGAUCUAUUUCCGACAUUAGUCGAUGCAGCUGAACUUGAACCGAUACCGCUUUGUCCGGAAAAUUCGAGUGAAAUCGCUCUUUGCCGAGAAGGAGAGAGUCUUAUGUCAUUGAUAGAGAAUCCAUCGGCCCCGUGGAAAGACGCCGCUUUUUCUCAGUAUCCUCGUGAUCAAAACGGAGUAAAAAUCAUGGGUUACACGAUUCGGACGGGCCGGUUUAGAUAUACAGAGUGGCCGAAAUUCAAUUACGCACCGGAUUACCAACCGGAAUGGGGAGAAUUGUACGGGUUAGAAUUGUAUGACCAUCAGUUUGACCCUCAGGAAAAUAUAAAUCGUGCUCUCGAGCCAACCUUUGCACAGAUCAGGCAAAUACUUAGCAAGAAACUGCAUGCUGGUUGGCGGGCUGCUUUACCUGGACAAUGA